AGAGUUCCCCCGGCGGCCCUCGGCUCCAGCAAGGACUUUGGGCCUUUUCUUGUGUCCUGUUUGUUAAAGGCAUGCGGGCUACAGCAUUCAAGAGGGCCAGUCCUUAACAAAGGGAAGGAGAUAAAUGUAAAUAAGCUCACAUUUUCAGAAUGAGCGGUUUGCAGUAAGGAGCUGCGGCAGCCCAGAGUCUGCUCCUUUUGGGCUGGACUAACCUUUCCCUUUUUUUUUUUUGUUUUUCUUUUUGUUUUUGUUUUUUUUUUUUAAUGGAUAAAAAUAUGCUCUUCCAAAGUGCGAGUUGCCCGUUUACAUGAUUAUUAGCUAACUAUCUACAGGCAUGAGCACAUUCUCUCAUCUAGCACACUCUUUUUUGGGCACUCAUUCGAGGAAUUCUUUGAACACCUGUCUCCAGAGAACUCAUUGAUUAUCCACAUUUCAGAUAAAUCUGGUGUCAGAGUUUGGUUUGAACUAACUAAUGAAGAAAACACCCUCUACUGGUCCCUAGUCUCAAGAGUGGUGAACCCCUGCACCUAGCAGGCUCUCUGGGAAAAUCCAUGGGUGACAGAAGAUUUAUUGACUUCCAAUUCCAAGAUUUAAAUUCAAGUCUCAGACCCAGGUUGGGAAAUGCAACUGCCAAUAAUACUUGCAUUGUUGACGACUCCUUCAAGUAUAAUCUGAAUGGUGCUGUCUAUAGUGUUGUAUUUAUCCUGGGCUUAAUAACCAACAGUGCUUCCCUGUUUGUCUUCUGCUUCCGCAUGAAAAUGAGAAGUGAGACCGCUAUUUUCAUCACCAAUCUGGCCCUCUCUGACUUGCUUUUUGUCUGUACCCUACCUUUCAAAAUAUUUUACAACUUUAACCGCCACUGGCCGUUUGGUGACACCCUCUGUAAGAUCUCAGGGACUGCAUUCCUCACCAACAUCUAUGGGAGCAUGCUCUUCCUCACCUGCAUUAGUGUGGAUCGUUUCCUAGCCAUUGUCUAUCCCUUCCGAUCUCGUACCAUCAGGACCAGGAGGAAUUCCGCCAUUGUGUGCGCUGGAGUCUGGAUCCUAGUCCUCAGUGGUGGUAUUUCAGCGUCUUUGUUUUCCACCACUAACGUCAACAAUGCGACCACCACUUGCUUUGAAGGCUUCUCCAAACGUGUCUGGAAGACUUACCUGUCCAAGAUCACCAUAUUCAUUGAAGUUGUUGGGUUCAUCAUUCCUCUGAUAUUGAAUGUUUCCUGCUCUUCUGUGGUGCUUAGAACCCUCCGCAAGCCUGCAACAUUGUCUCAAAUUGGGACCAAUAAGAAAAAAGUGUUGAAGAUGAUCACAGUGCAUAUGGCAGUUUUUGUGGUAUGCUUCGUACCAUAUAACUCUGUUCUCUUUUUAUAUGCCUUGGUACGUUCCCAAGCCAUUACUAAUUGCUUAUUGGAAAGGUUUGCAAAGAUAAUGUACCCGAUUACCUUGUGCCUUGCAACUCUGAAUUGUUGCUUUGACCCUUUUAUCUAUUACUUCACUCUUGAAUCUUUUCAGAAAUCCUUUUAUAUCAACACACACAUAAGGAUGGAGUCGCUGUUUAAGACUGAGACACCUCUGACCCCCAAACCUUCCCUUCCAGCUAUCCAAGAGGAAGUUAGUGAUCAAACAACAAAUAAUGGUGGUGAACUAAUGCUGGAAUCCACCUUCUAGGCACAGGAAUUGUCUUUCAGGUUCAGCUACAGUGUCUCUUAUGAUUUUUUCUUCCUAUGCUAUAAAUAAGAGAAACAAAUUGAAGCUAAUGAUACUGAGAAUAGAUUAAUGUACCAAAUGCAGUCAGAUACAUUUGUUUGAACACUAUUGUACAUAUUGUUUUGUUCAGUAAUUAUAGGUCAAGUCUAAUUACAACAACCAAAACAGAUCAGACUCUUCUGUUGAGUUGACUUUUCAUUACAUAAAUGACCAGUGGUCUUGACUUUUAGUGAUGUGGGGUUAUUUUAAAACUUAAAAAAAGCAUUCCAGUAAUUUUGGUAAUUGGGUUGGGCCUAUAAAUAUAGAACAAAUUCAGGGAUUAUUUAAAAAUGUCUGUGUUACUACUGAUAUAUGCUAGUAUUUUUUUUCCUUUUUUGAAUUAUCAUUGAAUUUAUUUUACAAAAAGAACUAUUUUUAGCUAAUGUUAGUAAGACAUUUUGAGAAAUAGAAAUAUGUUGAAUUUUAAAGAAUUGGCAAAUUUUAUCUAGAUUUUAACAACAUAAAUGAAGUGUUUGAAUGAAUAUGGGUGGGAAAAUUUGGAAUUUAGACAUUUUCACAUAUAUAGUAACUACAAUUAGUGUCAGCUUUUAAAACUUUAAAAUAAUUUUAGAAUUUUCAUAUGAAAUUGUUAAUCCUCAAAGCUGCUGCAGAUGUGCCUGGCAGGUAUCAAAUGGAAAACUCAUAAAAUUAACAGUGUCAAUUAAACUUUAAGCAACACUACAAUAUUUCUUAAGAUUUUCACUUAUCUUUUAUGGGGGUGGGGACUGACUUGUAUAAAAUAUUUAUUCUUCAUGUUAAAUGUUGGGGACACAGUAUAGCCAGAGAGCUCUAUAGUAUUUGUGUCCAGGUCAGGAGCAAGUUGAAAAGGUAAGUGAACAGAGUAAUAGCAGCAAGAUAUCUUAGAGUAGUUUUUGAGGUGGGGGUUAGAUAGCUGUAACUUUGAAAUACGUACUCUUUUCUAUAAAUUUUGGAGCACAUUGUAGCCAAGGUGCUGCUAAAUUUGUGCUCGGGUUGGGAGCAUAUUGAAAAAGAUGUGUACAUUAAUAAAAAACAAAAAACAAAAAAACCAAAAAGAAAAAUUAAUAAAAAACCCACAAAACUAGAAAAGAAAAAAAAUCAAAUAAGAAAAAAAUAGUUCCUAACACUUGCAUCACUGUUUUACUAUUUUUAAAGUUCUAUAAACUUAAAAGUACUAUGCCACUUUAAUAAACAUUUUAGUAUAAUUCAAUUCAAAAUCUGCUAAAAUUGUGUCUGGGACAGGAUUGAAUACAUACAUGUAGAAAAAUACAUAAUUUAUAAAACUCCCAAGUGCUACAGCUUGCAGAUGAUGCCUUGGAUCAAAAUGCAUCUAGGCAACUGCACAAUUGGCACCAAGUUUGAGAGGGAAUUAAUAAAAACAUCAUUUUGAAAUUUAUAAAAGAAUCUUUUUGGAACUCACUUAAACAACAAAUAAGAAUCUUUACAAUAUUAUUUUUCUGAUGUAUAUAGUAGAUAUACCUUAAAUAUGCAUCAGUCAGUUUAAAUAAUAUGCACAAAAUGUGACAAUUAAAAAAUAUCCGAAAAUUUCAAGUAAACAUCCAGUAAUAACACAUGUUGUAUACUGCUGAACUUGUGCCAGAGAGUGGUUAAAUUAAAAACCACAAAACAAUGAUGAAAUGGUAAAAAAUUCCAAAACAAUGAGAAAAUUCUUGAAAUUCCUUAACCUGUGACUUGUAGGCUUAAAAAUAAUUUUUAAAAAAAGUAAAAAUUUGUGUGCACAAUGCAGUGUUAAAGGCUGCUGAUUUGGGGCUUGGGUUAGGAACUAGCUGAAAAAAAAGUUGCUAAAACAAUAGAACAAUAGUAAAAAUGAAUUCAUGAUUUAAACUCCUAAAAAUAACUAUGCAUUAUAUUGUCUUGCAGAGAAUGGUGACUGUUGGAGUACAUAAGGCUUGUAGGCUCAGUUAGACAAAAGUAGGUUAAGUUAGAUGGAGUUCAGUUGUUAGUUAACACUACAAGUUCAAACUAGUAAUCAAAGUAGGAAAAACUUGCUUGUUUCCUUCAGUAUUUUUUUGUGUUUUUUUUUUUUUUUUGGUAAUAUUGAACUAUAUGUGAACUCUCUGUACUCUUAGCUGUUAAAAUUAUGGAAUUUUAGCAUUAUGGUAUCAAAUUAUUGAAUUGGAUGUUAACUGAAUUCACAUGAAAUACAUUUAAGAAAUCGUUUGCAUUUUGCAUAAUCUCCAUGUUUAAUGUUGCUUACUCUUUCAUAUUUUCCUUUAUUUUGGUUAAUUUUCAUUUUUAUAUUUAAUAUAACUCGAUAGUAAUAAAAAUGGUGGUGUGAAUAAUGUAACCAACAAAUUGUAAUGUAUACCUAAUUGUAAAGUUGAAUUUAUUUUACAUUUAUAAGCACAGGUAAUCCUUCAGCUGUAAUUACAACUUUCAUUUAAAUGUUUAUUAAAUGUAAUAAAACAUAUUUGGAUUAUUAAGGUAUU